AUGGCCGACCCGGAGAUCGACGAGUUCGCGCAGACCCGUGGCGCCGACGACCUGUUCGACGAUGAGAUCAUCCCCGUCUCCGCCGAGGAACAAGUACCGUCGGUAGACCCGACACCCGCUCCCGUCACCGAAGAGAACAUCGCGGCGCUGGAACGGGACGCGCCUCCGCCAGCCCCACGCGCGGAUACCCCGCGAUCGCGUGGGGGCGAACGGCGCGGUCGGGGUCGAGGCAGAGGACGCGCCAGACAGGCGUCGCGGAAGCGCGGCGGCGAUGCCGGCUCGCAGGCGAAGUCGACGGAGAACGGUAGCAUGCCCGAGCAGGAGAAGAACGGUGACCAGGAGUCGAAACAUGAUGCCCCGGCGGAGUCCACCGCCGAGGAUGCGAACAAGGAAGAUGGCGCCUCUGUCGAUACGAAGGACGCGGAUGGACCACGCGUGCCUGCCGUCAGAGGGGACCGGAGUGCAACCGGUGGAGUUAGAAAGCCCAAACUCACAGAAGAAGAACUGUCCAAGAAGAUCGCCGCCGCCAAAGAACACGCCGCCAAAGUCGCCGCCGCGCACGCCCGUGCAGAAGCCGACCAAGCCUCCUUCCUGGAACGGGAGAAAGUCGCCGACGCGAAGCGUCGCCAGGAGCGCGCCCACCGGCGCGUGAUGGACACGGAAAGAGAGCGCAACCGCCAGCGGAAACUCAACGCGGUCACCGGCCGGGAAUGGGACUCGCAGAAGCAGGAAGAAGACUACAAUGGCUCCCGCGGGAGGGGUAACUUCCGCGGCAUGCACGGCGGCGUUACGGGACAGGUGCGACGAGGCCUGGAAGACUCGCGCUGGGCGACGGCGCCCGAGGAGACGCCGUCCGACGAGCCGUCUGAGAGUCACAGCCAACACAAUCGCCACCAAAGUCCCCGUGGCCGUGGCCGCGGUGGCCGACGAGGAGGUCGCGGACGUGGUGGCCACCGCGGACAUGACGGAGCCACACCCCCUCAGAACCAACAACAGAAACCCGCCGCCCCGGCCCUGGACAACCAGGCUGACUUCCCGGCCCUCCCCGCGGAGCCGAAGAAGCCCAGCACCAGCCCCGGACCAGCCCCGGAGAAAGAGACGACUUCAACCACGAAACUAGACCCCCUGUCCCCACUGUCUCCGGUGGGAGGUUCCUGGGCGGACCAGGUUGAAGAACAUUUUUAA